UUGCUGGAUUACAAACUCAGUUACUUCUCAGCAAUGAUCGCGUAACGUUUAAGAUUGUGUCGGCUUUAUUAACGGAAACCCCAACGUACGAAUGCGUAAAAGGUGAAUAAGAAAAAAUAAUAAUAAUAAAUAAAACAAAAAAAAAAGAGUAAAGAGCGCCGCAAUUCAAUCCCGAUUGAGGUUUGAACAACUACAUUCAAACACGAUUCCACAUAUAUACCUACAAUAACAAAAUUUUUUGAAAAUAAAAAAAAAUACAAAAACAUAAAUGCAAAGAUACAUACUAGGUACACACACAAACGGAUCGAACAAAUAACGUCUGCAAAAAAGUAAAGUAAACAGAAUAAUAAUUUUUGUUUAAUUUUUUGUAAAGUUAAAUUCCUGAUUGGUGCUAUAUUUAGAACACCAGAAUUUAUUUAAUCAGAAAGAAAAAAAACAACAAAACAAAGUUCCAACUGAAGAGUGCAGUGCGUCCGUCAAUUGGAGUAAUUAGAAGAGUAACAAAAAUAAAUAACAAAUAAAUAAAAAAUACAUGCACGUACUUACUUCUUUGUUUAUAAUUACUUUGCAAUUGCGUGGUUACGAUCGGUAUUGUAGCAUAGAGUGAAUAUACAUACUUCAUACAGUACUACAUAGAGUACAUUUUGGAAUGUUGAUGCUUAUUAUUGUUGUCUUUGGUUGCUUAAUAUACGUGAGAUGAUCGUGUUUGUUCAUUUCAUCUUGAGUAAAUGUUUGUGAUCUUAGGUGUGCGUGUUAAAGUGUUAGUGCAAAUAUUGCGGUGGCCAAAAAUUGUUUCCUGUACAAAUAUAGAUACAUAGAUGUCUUAUAUUUAAAUAAUUUUUUUUAACGCCAACUAUUAAAACAAAAUUGCGUAUUUAAAAAAAGAACCAAAAUUCUAAAAAAAAUAUAAAGAAUCUUAAACAAAAAAACCUUGAAAACGAGUGAAGAAAAUUCCUUAAAUAUAGAAAAAUUUCAAACCACUUUAAAGACGAAGGAAGGACUGACUGUUGUGGCAUUGAAAAGGCUGAAAAACGAGCGACCUGUAAAGAACAUGAAACAAAAGAGUGCAUGAGAUAAAGUAGAGAGGAGCAGGGAACAAUAAAUUCCAAAUUACUUGUUAUACAAGCAGAUCACAUAAAAAAGGCAUUCUACAAACUUCUACAACUACAACACAGCACAACAAACAAACGUUGUAAUCAUCACUGCAGCAGCGCCUAGUUUAGGGAUCUCUGGGAAAACGAUCAGGAAUUUCGUUAAUUUGUUCUUGGCUUUGUUUUUUUUUUUGUUGUUUUGGAUUUAAGCAGAUUCAUCAUACUUCAGUUUAAAGGUGAUUUGCAUUAAAUUGAACUACAACAAAAUGUUUUUCAACAAAAUACUUUAAAGUGGAUUUUCAUGUACGAAAAUCUUCUUAAUAUUACACAGCACUAUUGCUUUAUGACAUCACCAAGACAUCAGCACGAAGACGAAGACAAUGUCCGCCGUUAGUAAUCAACAUAAAAUUAAUGGAAAUUUGAUUGUUAGUGCGAAUACUGCUACUUCUAAUAUAUCAAACAAAACCACGGCAGGAGCUAAUACAACGCAAAGUAAAUCCUUAACACCUAAUCCCCAUCGUAAUCAAACGCAUCAUCAUAACUAUCAUCAGGAGCAAGAGCAACAAUUGCAAAAAUCAUAUAACAACUUGCAUGCAGCUCAGCAACAACAUUCCGCAAAAUUAUCAGCAGUAACCACGAAAUUGCAAGCCCCUCAACAACAACAUCAAAAACGUUCGUUAAUACCUUCUGUGUCGUUGCAACAGCAGCAACAACAACAUCAGCAGCAGCAGCUGCAACAACAACAACAAACCAUUAACUUACUAAAUUCGACAACUUCAACUGCUUCAGCUCCAACGCAAGCAAAUCAAUUGCAAACAAUAGCAACAAUUCACCAGCCGUCCUCACAGGCACAACAACGUAACGCUCAAGCAACCGCAGAGUCAAAUAAUAACACCACGCACCCAACAUCCACUACAACAACAGAAAAUCCCGCAACACGACGAAGUUUCUAUCAUUUACAAACGCUUAAAUCUGCAGGCCACAGUCUUAAAGCACCAGCCCAUUCUAUACCGCCACGCUAUCAACCUCCACCACAGCCCCAGAGCAACUCUAACCCCACAACAGGUAUUUUGAAAAAUUUAAAUACCCAACGAUUAAGUAGCGGCACAAAACCAGCAUAUCCUUCUUAUUUCUCCACGGAAACAUCAAGCAACCACUUAAAUAAUCUCAAAUAUCCGCCCGAUAUUCCUCAGCUUUCCAGUGUUUUUAUACCAGACACUUUGAAGAACCCACCAAAUUCCACACGUUACAGUCUACCACAAAGACAGCAACAACAAAAUAAUCAUCAAGCUCAAUUGCAGCAGCAGAGAUUACGUAGCGUCAAUCAAACAACAUCAAACGGUCAUUCUACACACCAACAGCCUUCAGCCGAGCAACAGCAACAACAACAGCACCAGGAUAUGUUAAAAUUUGUACGAAAACCCGAUCAAGAUCAUCCUUCACCAAAUGCUUCGGUAACUUCUAGCGGUACUGGUGGCAUAGCACCCUCAACGGGCCGCUUAACAGCCGAACAAAAUCGCCAACUGCAAUCGUUAAUUAAUGAGUUGCGCUCGCUUAAAGAACAAAAUCAAAGAUUAAUGGAUGACAAUCAGGAGCUGCGAGAUCUGUGUUGUUUCCUGGAUGAUGAUCGCCAAAAGGGCCGGAAACUGGCCAGAGAAUGGCAAAGAUUUGGCAGAUAUACAGCAAGUGUUAUGAGACAAGAAGUGGCUGCUUAUCAGAAUAAAUUGCGCCAAUUGGAUGAUAAACAACAAGAGCUGAUAACAGACAAUUUGGAAUUAAAGGAACUGUGUUUGUAUUUGGACGAAGAACGUGCUCACAUAGCUGCCAACUCCAUAUGCGUUAAUUGUGGCGCCAGUUCACGUAACACAUUAAGGGAUGACGGUGAUGGUUCUAGUUCAAGUACGAAUGCUGAUGAAAAUAUGACAGCUUUGAGAAACUAUGAAAGUCAAUUGCCGGAUCUACAUUUACGAUCAACACUUCAAGAUCAAACCCUACAAUACGUGCGAUCGCUGGAACGACGUAUACAACAACUGGAAAAGGAACGUAAUGACACCAAUGUUUCUUCAAAAACUCCCACACCCACAGCAAAUAUACUAAGUCCUCUGCAGCAACGCCGUCAAGUGCAACCACCACAGCCACCGCCACAUUUAUCCGCCAACAUACCAGCGUCAUCAACAACACACAACCAAAAACAAUCAAAUCAACAACAAACUUCUGCUUUAAACGAGGGCUUAGUUGAUCCCAUUUCUGGCCGACCGGAAGCUGUGGUACGAGCAUUACAGGUCUUAGAAGUACGAGAGCAGUUAGAACGCGAUCGUUUGGGCAAUUUAACCGGACAAACUAUAGAUCAGAUGGACGAUGGUGAGAAGGCGUUAGUGCGAGAAAUGUGCAAUGUUGUUUGGCGCAAAUUGGAGGGAAGUCCAAAUGGACCUACGGCCUUGGAGACACUUUAGAAUUAGAAUUCAAAUUAACACACUAUUUACUCAUCACAUUGACAUAAAUACUCGUAUUAUAUGUAUACUUUGUUAGCAUUGUCAAAUCUUAGCAAUGUCUAAAUUGAACUUCUAUUUUUCUUUCGGAGAAAAAUUGAUGUUACAAUUUUCUGCACGUUUUGUGUUUCUGACCCCUCACCCCCAGUAGUUUUAGUAGCAUUUGUACAAAAUAUUUAAUUUCUUUUUUCUACCUAGAACGCACUAUUUGAAUAUGUCCCGAUGGAAAUGAUUACAAGGCGGUUUUCUUUUUCAACAGUGUUAAGAUAACACAACGCAAUAUCACUUUCUGAUAAAUGACCCUUGCUGAUAUUUAUCAGAAAAUAAUUGUAAAAGGGAUGUGAUCAGGUUAUAUUAACACUGCUGAAAUUAAAGCCGCUUUGUGAAAUUUCCAACCGGCUGUAUUUAUAUGUAUUUGUUUUAUGUAAGCUUUAACAAUAAAUUUUUUCUAAAUAUGUAUUUAUGUAAGUUAUUAACUAAUACUUCUUUUCUCCCCAUUUCAAUGAAGACUUUAAUCAAUUAUAUAUUUGAAACAAUAUAUAAAUUUGAUUUAAUGUUUAAUAAUGUACAUUUAUUUAGUUUUUCUAAGAAUUUAACUUUUAUAUCUUUUCAUAUUUUUUUUUUUAUUAAUUUAUUUUUGAUAAAUCUUUUUUGAUAACCAGAUGAAAUAAAAAAAAACAUUCGUAAUAAAAACAGUAAUAAACUAAA